AUGAUGAAAAAAUUCUCCCUCGAGGAGAUUUCCUCGCAGAACGUCGCCAAGUCUUCCGCUCAAAGAGCCAUCCGAGCGCAGAUUCUUCAGCAGUUCCCUCGCCUCGAGCCCGUUAUUGAUGACAUCAUCCCCAAGAAGACGCCGCUGACUCUGGUCAAGUGCCAGCGACACAUCUCUCUCCUCGCGAACGGCAAAGAUAUCCUCUUCUUCCAAAGCCGCGACGGCCCCUGGGUCCCCUCCCUGCGUCUAGUUCACACAUACCCCUCCAUGAUGCCAAAGAUGCAAGUCGACCGCGGUGCCAUCAGCUUUGUCCUUCGCGGCUCCAACAUCAUGUGUCCGGGACUCACAUCGCCUGGAGGCCGCAUGGAGAAUGUGGAAGCCGGACACGUCGUGCAAAUCACCGCGGAGGGCAAGAUAAACGCGUGCGCCGUGGGAGUCGCGACGAUGUCAACCGAGCAGAUCCGCCACGAAAACAAAGGAGUCUGCAUCGAGACCUACACUUUCCUGAACGACGGCCUCUGGCAAACGCCUGAGCUCGACUGA